AUGUGCAGGCGAACCGCCGUUCGCCGCCGUUUUGCGGCGGUCCUACAGCGCAAUGGUCAAUGCGUGAUUCCAGUUGCUGUUGUGAGGCGCUUAUGGAUCAAUAACUAUCAAUAUUUGAAGGGUGUCAUCACAAGUGCUUUUCCAGGAUGUUGUAGAAUGCCAGUGGAUCACUCUUCGAUGAAAUACUGGUGCGGGAACGUUGCUUGUAUGAUUUCUCGAUUUGACCGUUUUGUAUCAAACAGUAAUGAUCGAUCUUUUUUGAUAGCCAGGUUUGCGGAGCAGAGAUGUGGCUGA